AUGGAAGAUCUCAAGGAAAAAUCAAUUCUUGAUGUUGUUGAAAAUGUUGAAAAUAUUCAAGAAAAUCCAAUGAUGAUAAGAUGGAAAUCAGGAAAAAAAGUUGAUCCAAGAUUGAUUAUACUACUAGAUUUCUUUAGAGAUGUCUACAUGAAAAGAGGAGAAUUCUUCAAGAAAAUAUUUCCAUUUCAUCAUGAGGAUUUUGUUCCUAUUUUUGAGAAAAUUGGAGUAGUGUUUUCAAACCAUAAGGAUCAAGAAAAGAAAUUCAAGAAUAAUUCAUUCAAAAGGAGCCCAAGUGAUAACUCUUUAAACAAGAGUAGAGGAAUUGAUAUUGAUCCAUCUCGAUUGAAACUUGAAAAAUUUAAAGUCAAAACCCCAGAGGUUAUAUCUGGUGGCAGUGGUGGUGGUGGUAGUGGUGGCCAAGGGCAAGGCAGCACAAAGGCAUCUGGUUCUAAUAAGUAA